AUGCUUUUACUAACACUGCGUUUCUUUGCAACUGGCUGCAUGCAAAGAACUGGCGGUGACCUGUGUGGCGUUUCAAAAAGUUCUUCCUGUCGCGCAAUAAGGAGAGUGUGUCACAACAUUGCAUUGUUAAGACAACGAUUUAUAAAAGUCCCCUUGGAAUUAGAAAGCCAAAGAGAAAUUCAGAGACAAUUUUAUAAAACGGCAAAGUUUCCACGCGUGCUAGCUGCCAUGGACUGCACACAUAUAAGAGUACUAUCUCCAGGUGGGGAUGAAGCAGAACUCUUCCGAAACCGAAAGAACUACUUUUCAAUUAAUGUGCAAACGCUUUGUGACAGCAAACUGAACAUCAUGGACAUCGUAGCCCGUUGGCCAGGAUCGUCACAUGACGCAAUAAUACUUAAAAAUUCAAGAAUAUUUAGCCGAUUUGAAGCGGGGGAGUUCGGGAAUGCAAUAGUCGUUGCCGACAGUGGCUACCCUUGCAAUCGGUGGAUAAUGACACCUUUGUUAAAAGUACAAACUCCGGCUGAGGCGUUAUAUAACGAAUCGCAAAUCAGAACUCGUAAUUGUGUUGAACGUCAAUACGGUGUGUGGAAACGAAGAUUUCCAGUUCUUGCGCUGGGAAUACGAAUGAAUCUCAGGGAAGUGGAAUGUAUAAUCGUUGCAACCGCAGUUUUACAUAACAUUUGCAACUUAAACAACGAUUGUGUCGCACCAGCAGUCUACGAAAAUGAAAUAAAUAAUAUCAUCGAUGCAAUUGUUGAAGUACCCACAAUCUCAACUUCAGGUCGAAAUGACAAUUUAUAUAGAAACCAUAUAAUACAAAACUAUUUCGAAUGCUUGUAA